UCCAACGCCCGCUACAGCCAAACCCGGUCGAGAAAAAUACGAACGCGCGAACGAAAGAGAACAGAUUAAAAAAAAAAAAAACGACCCACGCGGACGACCUUGCCGGGUACCUACCUCAUCCACCACCACCGCCACGAAUAAGGACCAAAUUCUUGGCGUAUCUCUCUUCUCGAUCGCGCGACUUUUCUCCUUCACGCCCGACUAGUUCUUCGACGCGCGAGAAGAUACAAAAAGAGAGACAGAGAUAGAAGGGAGAGUACCGCCGCUCCGUCGGCGAGAGAUAAGAACAAAAAACCGCGCGACCGGUCGAAAAGACGAUCGGUGGUCGCGCGAGCCAUCCUCGCCCUUACGCUAUCCGGCUCGAGGGACCAGAGUCCCGAUCGGGCGGGGUGGAAUCUAAUUACGGGUACCUGCGGACCGGCCUACCUGUUGUCUUCGGCCACGGCCCGGCAUCGUCUUAUGAAUGAAUGAAACUCGGAUUUACUAUAUUUCGGUCGCGGGGUUCUUUUUGAAUGGUCGUGUGUAUUUGGCGUGAGUGUGAAGAACAACCGAUGUUGGGGACUUUUUGAGGGGAUUUUCUUGGGAACGAUGGAGAUACCGAACAUACUGCAGGACAUACUGAGGGUUUCGUAUCUGAUGGGGGCUCAGGAGGGGUUCUGCGCCCAGAGGAAAUCGAGGAGCGAGUUGUGGCAGCCUUGGGUCGAUAAAGACGACUACCCUAAAGACUGCUCCGGCAAACACCAGACCAAGUGGAGAAGGGAGCGUAGGAGCCGUCUCCCGGAAUACUCCAGACAGGAGUCCAGGAACGCAGAGUCGUCGAACGGAAACUCCCCCUCGCCGGAGAACCUCUGCCACGCCAAUGGCGGAUCCAACGGGUUCCUGUCCGGCAGCAGGGUGCAGCCGAAGGAGACGCCGCUGGACAUGAGCGUGAGGCAGAGGGGCCUGCCGCCCUCUUACGCCCAGACGGUGAACAACCCCGGCUACAGGUCGAGCUACAGGCCGGCGGUGCUCAGCAACGGACCGCCACCCCCACCCCCGAAGGAAGAAAUUCCUGCAGGUGUGAAUCGAAUCAAUGGUAUAUCUAUGUGCGAUCCCAUCAUAGAUGAACACUUCAGGCGAUCCCUGGGAGAGAACUACCAAACUCUCUAUUUGAACAACAACAAUUCCAAAGACUCGACUUUAGCUAAAACACCUCAGCCCACAAAUGCUGCAGUUCUCCCUCACGAUGAGGCUAUAGGAGAUUUGAUGGACGACACUGGGCUGUCGGUUGAUGACCAUUUCGCAAAAGCUCUGGGCGAGACCUGGGCCAAGCUGAAUAAAAAACAACAGGAACUAAAGAACAAUUCUAGUGAGAACCAAAAUCUGGUCAGCAUUUAAGAUGUUGUUCAUACUUAUCGAUACCCUUGUUUCCUAGUAGGUUUAAAUCAAUUUUGAUAUGUAUGUCUAACUGAAUGAGUAGUGUGAAAAUUUUCAUGUAAUUAGAUCCUGUGAUUACUAAAAAUAGGCAAAAGUUACAGAUGGAAGGUUAGAAGAUGGAGUUAAGUUUCGUAUAGGCUACUUUAAUAUAAUCCAGCUCGUCAGCUGUAGGAAAUCAGAUCAGAUCAAGGGUCAAUUGGAUAUUCGAUAUAUGAUUAUUUAUAGUUUGAAUUCUCGAAUUAUUUUGGAAGUGCCUUUUGUAUUUUCAUACCACAGCAUGUAAUUUUGAACUGGAUACUUCUCAUCUUGCUGCAAUUCCCUAUUGACCAGUAGUAUCUCAUUAUUUUCUGGGAAAGUAAGUUUCUGAGAUACUUCAUUCUUCCUGAGGACAUAUCAAGAGCAUAAAAGGAUUUCUAAUAUCCAUAAGAAAUAAUUUCAUAAUGCCAGAUUCACACGAUACGUAUUAGUAAUUUAAUAUUUCCGUGAGGUUAAAAGGAUUUACGUAUUAUACAUAAUUCAUUCCUAUUCUUUUCAUUUCGUUCUAUUUAUUUGGGACAUGAUUGUUUUAAUUUUUGUAAAUAACAAACCACCAGGUUAUCCUCAAUAAAUGUAGAUGUAUAUAAUUUUUAAUUGUAUAUAAUGUUAUAAUUACUAUUAAUGAUUUUUAUUUAUGUGGCUAGCUCUACCUUUUAUGUUUAUGUAAAUAAGUACACCAAUGUUAUUUUAUUAUUAUGUAUAUUCCAUCGAGAUAUACGUAACUUACAUA